AAUUUCGGACACACCCACUGCGCUCAACGGCACGCACGACGACGACAACCCCUCAAGACUCCCCCGCCGCCUAAAAACUUAGUCAACAUGGGUCGCAUGCACGCUCCCGGCAAGGGCAUUUCGUCCUCUGCUCUUCCCUACCGCCGCGCCCCCCCGUCUUGGUUGAAGACCACCCCCGACGAUGUCGUCGAGCACAUCUACAAGCUCGCGCGCAAGGGCCUCACCCCCUCCCAGAUCGGUGUCACCCUCCGCGACUCGCACGGUAUCCCCCAGGUCCGCUUCGUGACCGGAAACAAGAUCCUCCGUAUCCUCAAGUCUGGCGGCCUUGCUCCGCAGAUCCCCGAGGAUCUCUGGCACCUCGUCAAAAAGGCGGUCGCCGUGCGCAAGCACCUCGAGGUCAACCGCAAGGACAAGGACUCGAAGUUCCGCCUCAUUCUCAUCGAGUCGCGUAUCCACCGUCUCGCGCGCUACUACAAGACGAAGCAGCAGAUCCCGCCAACCUUCAAGUACGACUCUGCGACCGCGUCCACCCUCAUCGCAUGAGCGGUCUCGUUGUAUCCUGAAGACGGGUUAGGCGGAUGGGGACGGGUAUCCCUGGCCAGAGGGCCACGGGAGCGACGGGCGCGCUGUCGACACCAUAUGUUAUCGCUUGUACGCUUUCCACAUGACACACCCAAUGCAGCACCUAGGGCUAUGCACCACCGCUGCGCUCGCGACCAUGCUUGUACAUCAUAUAUAGCAACACAUUCGCUUGUGAUCAGGUCACUCAGAGACGUCGCGCCAUCUCGCUCUCCCGCGUAUUAUGACCCCCUCCGACUUACAAGGACUCUAUCUCC